AAAUAAAAGGUAGAUUGUCAUUUCGAGUCAAAAAAAAAAAGACAAAACACUGGUAUGCAAGAAUUUAGGCGGAUCAUCAUUGUCGUGUUGGGACGUCCACUGUCGGUGCUCUCUCUCUCUCUCUCUCUCUCUCUCUCUCUCUCACAGAACCAAUACCCCACUUCUGCGCUUUCAUAAUCACAACCUCUCUCACUUUCUCUCACACCAAGCAACGGGGUAGGUUGGAGUCUAAACCCCAAACUAUCUGAUCUGCAGAGUUUGAGAGAUCGGGAUGGCGGUAGAUCCGAGGCAGGUAGUGGCUGGGUUCUUGACACUGACGAUGUUCGUCAUGCUUGCCAACAUGAUCAAGAGAGACCAUUUCGAUUCUGUUCAAAUGAAACUUCCAGGUGCAGAAGAGGUUCAUUUUGAUACUGCCAAGGGUACAGAGCAGAGCCUAGUCAAACGUUCUAGUUUGCACAAUGUGCCGUGGAAGGAGAAUGAGGAAGAGCUUAAGCCAUGUUGGACCAAGCCAACUCCAGUUAAAGAGGCAGAGCAAUCGAAAGGGUUCAUCAUUUUCUCAUUGACUAAUGGCCCUGAAUACCAUGUAUCUCAGAUUGCUGAUGCGGUGAUAGUGGCAAAAUAUCUGGGAGCAACUCUUGUACUCCCUGACAUUAGGGGAAACAAACCAGGUGAUGAGAGGAACUUUGAAGAUAUUUAUGAUGUUGAGAAGUUUGUAAAAAGCCUCAAUGGGGUGGUCCAAGUGGCAAAGAAUCAACCUGCUGAAAUAUCAUCGAGAAAUCUUGCAGUUGUGAGGGUCCCAAAUCGGGUUACAGAAGUUCACAUUGCAGAGCAUAUUGAACCUAUUUUUAGAGCAAAGGGAAACAUAAGGUUGGCAACUUACUUCUCCUCUGUAAAUAUGAGAAAGGCGGAACAAAAGAGUAACAUUGAUUCAGUUGCAUGCCUGGCAAAGUUUGGAACUCUAGAGUUGCAACCAGAGGUUCAUGAAGUGGUAGACUCAAUGAUUGAGCGAUUACGAAAAUUGAGCCGGAAAUCAGGUGGCCACUUUAUCGCAGUGGACCUGAGGGUGGAUAUCCUGGAGACUGAGGGUUGCCAAGGAAGUGGUAACGCUAAAAAGAAGAGUUGUUACAGUCCUCAGGAGGUUGCUGUAUUUUUGAGGAAGAUUGGUUUUGACAGUGAUACCACGAUCUAUGUAACUCAGUCAAGGUGGGAUAGCCAUCUUGAUCCUCUGAAGGAUUUCUUCCCCAAAGUUUAUACUAAGGAUGGCAUAAUACCUGCAGAUAAAAAGCCAAAGUUCCUAGACUCAGAAGCUUCCGAAUUCGAAGAGGCUAUUGACUUUUACAUCUGUUCUCAGAGUGAUGUAUUUGUGCCAGCCAUAUCUGGCCUGUUCUAUGCAAACGUGGCUGGUAAGAGAAUUGCUGCUGGAAGGAAUCAGAUACUUGUUCCAGCUAACAUAGCUGGAUCCUCUGCAUCUGCUGUUGAUUUCAUCUCCCCUUAUGUCUCAAAGAAGAAUCACUUUGCCUAUGCAUGUUUUUGUUAAAUUUCAAUGCGAAGAAAAACAAAUGUCUCAAAGCCUUACAUGGAUCAAGUUUUUUGAGUAAACAACCAUCGAGGCCAGUUAUCUUUUACUUCUAUUUGAGUUCCUAAUUAGCUAGGGUUUUCUCUAUUAAGGUUAUUUUUUUAGAAUGGUCUUAGAUUGAGUAUUCAAGCUAGGUUUGUCAAUUGUUGUUUUGUUUUCCGUAUAAGGGGAUUUUUUUUUUUUUUUAUACCAUUUUUCAUUGUAACUGUUCCAUUGGAAAGUCUCCAAAUUAGCCAGGGAAAUGUCCUUUGUAAACAUUGUUUACUUAUUUUGUUUGGAAAGUGUAAUUAUUCCUCUUA